AUGGCGGCGACUCUUCCCGUUGGGAUUCUCAUGGCCACCAUUGCAUUAUUUUUUUGUCAGACGACGACGGUAAUAUGUGAAUUUCCGAUGACCCUGCCUCUCGAAAGAGCAAUUCCGUUGAGAAAUGAAAUGAAAUUGAGUGAGCUCAAAGCUCUGGACCAUGCUAGACAUCGAAGGUUGAUUCAAUCUUCCAAUGAUACUGAUUUCCCACUCGAGGGCACCUAUGAUCCUUACGUAGCCGGGCUUUAUUAUACAAAGGUGCAAUUGGGUUCUCCCCCGAGAGAUUUUCAUUUGCAAGUAGACACAGGCAGCGACCCUCUCUGGGUCACCUGUAGCUCCUGUUCAGGCUGUCCCCACAAAACCCAACUUCAAAUCAAGCUCAGUUCCUUCGAUCCUGGGAAAUCAUCCACGUACUCACCGGUAACUUGUUCAGACGCGAUAUGCAGCAGCGAAUAUCAGACGCCCGAAGCCGUGUGUUCCAGUGAUAAUCGCUGCACUUACACGUUCCAGUACGCUGAUGACAGUGCCUCUGCUGGUUACUACGUCUCAGACCUCAUUUAUUUUGCCACCGCCAUUUCCAACGGUUCUUCACCUCUCAUCUUCGGAUGUAGCAAGGAGUUGACGGGCAACUUGGUGAAGAAUGAAAGAGGAGUGGAUGGGAUAAUAGGAUUUGGGCAAGGUGACAUAUCAGUAGUAUCACAGCUCUCUUCAAAAGGAUUAGUGCCAAAAGUGUUCUCUCACUGCCUCCGAGGCGAUGAUCAAGGCGGAGGCACCUUGGUCCUCGGUGAGAUUGUGGAGCCAAAUAUUGUUUUCACACCACUCAUUCCUUCCUGGCCUCAUUACAAUUUAGAUCUCAAGGGCAUCGAGGUGAAAGGCCAGAAGUUAGCGAUUGACUCAUCGGUUUUUCAAACAUUACCGAACCAAGGCACCGUUAUUGAUUCUGGAACAACUAUGGCAUACCUUCCUGAAGGGGUUUACGAAUCCUUUCUCAACGCGGUUUCGGAUGCUGUUCCAGUAGAAUCGCUUGCCGGCACUUACGUUGCGGAUGGAUCCCAAUGUUUCUUCACAUUAAAUAGCAUAUCUGAAGUUUUUCCUAACAUAAGUUUGAACUUUGCUGGCGGUGCAUCUAUGGUUCUUAAACCCAAGGACUACCUAGUGCAUCACAUGACUUUAAAUGACGGUGAAACAGGGUGGUGCAUUGGCAUUCAGAAAAUGCAGGGCUCUCAAGGGUUCACUAUUUUAGGAGAUAUUGUAUUAAAGGAUAGGAUUAUAGUUUAUGAUCUGGCUGGCCAACGCAUCGGAUGGGCCGACUAUGACUGCUCGAAGUCCUUCAACGUGUCUGUAAAAUUGACCAGUGCAUCAGGGUCGUCUAGUGUGGGUACGUCAACGGAUUGGCCACUUAUUAAGAAGCGAACCUUAGCUUUCUUCGUGUCUUUGAUCUGCUGCUUCUUGUUAUUUUAG